AUGAAGGCCCUUCUUUGGCUCUCCCUUCCCCUCGCCGUUUGGGCCACUCCAGUCCAACGGGAUGCAGCUCCUACUGUCACUAUUGCGCAUCCAUCGGCCACCAUCAUUGGCAAAUCUGGCGAUGUUGAGAGCUUCAACAAUAUCCCCUUCGCGCAGGCCCCCACAGGCUCGCUGCGUCUGAAGCCUCCACAGCCUUUGGAGAUCGCCCUCGGUACCGUUCAAGCAACCGGUGCCUCGCAGUCUUGUCCGCAGAUGUACUUCACCACGGAUGAGAGCGAAUUCCCGACAUCGGUCAUUGGCCUCCUUGCGGAUCUCCCUUUGGUACAGUCGGCUACCAAUGCCCUCGAGGAUUGUCUGAACAUUGACAUUCGGCGCCCAGCCGGGACCACCGCGGACGCGAAGCUGCCCGUUCUGGUCUGGAUCUUUGGCGGAGGCUUUGAACUCGGUUCAAAAGCGAUGUAUGACGGUACAACGAUGGUUUCAUCGUCGAUAGACAAGAACAUGCCUAUCGUGUUUGUAGCGAUGAACUAUCGCAUAGGGGGCUUCGGGUUUUUGCCCGGAAAGGAGAUUCUGGAGGACGGGUCCGCCAACUUAGGUCUACUUGACCAACGCCUCGCCCUGCAGUGGGUGGCCGACAACAUCGAGGCCUUUGGUGGAGACCCGGACAAGGUGACAAUCUGGGGAGAAUCAGCAGGGGCUAUUUCCGUCUUUGAUCAGAUGAUAUUGUACGACGGAAACAUCACUUACAAAGACAAGCCCUUGUUCCGGGGAGCCAUCAUGGACUCCGGUAGUGUUGUUCCCGCAGACCCCGUCGACGGGGUCAAGGGACAGCAAGUGUAUGAUGCGGUCGUGGACUCUGCAGGCUGUUCCUCUGCCAACGACACCCUGGCUUGUCUGCGUGAGCUAGACUACACCGACUAUCUCAAUGCGGCAAACUCCGUGCCGGGAAUCAUAGGCUACCACUCCGUGGCGCUAUCAUAUGUGCCUCGACCAGACGGGACGGCAUUGACAGCGUCGCCAGACGUUUUGGGUAAAGCAGGGAAAUAUGCCCGGGUCCCAUUCAUCGUGGGCGACCAAGAGGAUGAGGGCACUUUGUUCGCCUUGUUUCAGUCCAAUAUUACGACGAUCGACGAGGUAGUCGACUAUCUGGGCACCUACUUCUUCUAUGACGCUAGCCAGGAGCAGCUUGAAGAAUUAGUGGCCCUGUACCCGGACACCACCACAUAUGGGUCUCCCUUCAGGACGGGCACGGCCAACAACUGGUAUCCGCAAUUUAAGCGAUUGGCCGCCAUUCUCGGCGACUUGGUCUUCACCAUUACGCGGCGGGCAUUCCUCACGUAUGCAGAGCAGCUCAGCCCUGACCUUCCGAAUUGGUCGUACCUGGCGACCUACGACUAUGGCACGCCAGUUCUGGGGACCUUCCAUGGAAGUGACCUGCUGCAGGUGUUCUAUGGGAUCAAGCCCAAUUAUGCAGCAAGUUCCAGCCACACGUAUUAUCUGAGUUUCGUGUAUACGCUGGAUCCGAACUCCAAUCGGGGGGAGUACAUCGAAUGGCCCCAGUGGAAGGAAUCACGACAGUUGAUGAAUUUCGGAGCGAACAGCGCCAGUCUCCUUACGGAUGAUUUCCGCAACGGGACAUAUGAGUUCAUCCUGCAGAAUACCGCGGCGUUCCACAUCUGA